AGCUCGAAGAGCGCAGCUUGGUGCACAUCUCGUACGCGGAGUGCGGCUCUGCGGAGCACCUCGUUUCGGCCUGUCCAGCUCGCAUCACCUGCGCAAUGGUUGCAGAGGGUUCCCCGAAGGAGCACGAGGACACUCUAACAAGGUGUCUGGCGAACCUUCGCAGCAGCUGCUUCGAGACCUCUGGGCAAGUUGAGGUGCUUCGCUCAGAAAAUCGAGCGCUCAAGGCGCGCUUAGCCAAGUUGGAGCGGGAGGGUUGCAAGGAGGAGGACGUGCUGAGGCAAGUCAACUUGCCUGGCUGUGCCGUGGAGCCGCGGGAGGAGGACCAUCCGAAGACGGGCUCGAAAUUGGAAAUGAAACCGGAAAUCAGCCGGAAGUCGACCAAGACCAAGUCGCUGAUGGGGAUCACCGAGGAUUCCACCCACAUCUCGCUGGGUGCGGCGCGUCUGGGCAUGGUGCAACAAAGAGAUGAGCUGAUGGAGGAGCUAGAGCUCGACCAGGCAAAGAUGCGGCGGAUGAUGUCAGCAAUUGUACCCUCGACUUCUGGAAAGAGAGCGCACAACCUCUUGCAGAAACUCUCAAGGCACAUCUUGUUCAAGUUCGGUGUGAUGCUGGUAAUCCUAGCAAACUCCAUCUACCUGGGCUUUGAUGCUGACGUGCAGGUGAAAAACAGCUUCCAGCGCCUGACCGACGAAGGCCAGGAGACACCCCAUGGUGUCCUGGACAUACUCUUCCCAGCCUUGUUCGUCCUGGAGCUUUGCAUCCGAAUGGGAGCGGAGAAGUUGCACUUUUUCCAAGGUGAAGAGAGGUGGUGGAACGUGUUUGACAUUGUCUUGGUGGCGAACUCCCUGGCGGAGCUGGCUGGGCCCUUGGCGAACUUCAGCUUCCUCCGCAUCCUCCGAGUUUUCCGCAUGGUCAGAAUCAUUCGCAUCGUCCGCAAUGUGAAGGGGCUGAAGUCUUUGCGCACCAUGGUCUUCGCUUUGAUCAACUCCUUCACCUCCUUAUUGUGGGCCUUUUUCAUGAUCAUCUUGAUCAUCUUCGUCUUUGGCGUCCUCUUCUGCCACGGAGUUGCCGCGCACAACUUGAGCUUGGACCCUGAUGACACUAUUGGUGUGAAAGAGGCCCUGGAUUCUCAGUGGGCAUUUGGAAGCCUUUGGGAGACUAGCAUUAGCCUCUUCAGCGCCGUCUCUGGCGGCAAUGACUGGCUUGUGUAUGGCUCACAGCUCAGGCGCCUCAAGCCGACAGAUGACAGCUUGGUGGGAGAGUUUUACUUCAUCACCUUCUGCUUCUAUGUGGCAUUUUGCACCAUUGGCAUGUUGAAUGUGGUAACGGGCAUUUUUGUCGACAGCGCCGUGACAACAAGAACGGAAGACGAGGUGGUCGAUGCGUUCAAGGAGCAGAUGAACUUGCGGCGUCAGGAAGUGCGUAGAAUCUUUACCGAGGCUGAUGUGGAUGGAGUAGGUUCCCUGACCUUUGAGCAGCUCAAGGAGCAGUUCGACCACCCCUGGGUCAAGGCGUAUUUUUCUGGGCUUGACAUUGAUCCCAACGAGGCUGCCAUCAUUUUCACCCUCAUGGAUGCGGAUCACAACGGACGAGUUACUAUCGAGGAGUUCAUUGAGGGCACCAUGAAGUUGAAAGGAUCAGCCAAGAGUGUGGACAUGCUCCUUUUGAUGUUUGACCAAGUGAGGUUUCAGCUGAAGUUCAACAAUCUGUGUUCCUUCCUAGAGGACGAGAUAAAGACAAUCAAGACCGUCCUGCUUCCAGGAGCCCUUGGUGUCCAUCCAUGGCUUCCAGAAAGUUCGGCAGGACAACAACCUGUAAAGAAGCUCUUCGAGCACCAAGAUGUUCCCCACCACGACAUGGGCCACCUGUCCAACGCGUCCCAGGCCAUUCCCUCUGGCGGCGAACCUUCAGAGCUGAAACCUGAGAACGAGGCCAAAUUUCCUUGAUAUGAAGGCCACCUCCCAAGGAGCGGCCUUCAAAUUUUAUUAACUUAUGAUCCUGCGAAAACUGAAUUCCCGGUUGGC